AUGGCCAAGAUCAAGAGAAAGGGAGAAUCCGGAGCCGCUAAGAACUAUGUGACGAGGAAUCAAGCAUUGAAGAAAUUGCAGAUCUCUUUGUCCGAUUUCAGAAGGCUAUGUAUCCUCAAAGGUAUCUACCCUCGAGAACCUCUCAACAAGAAACGAGCCAACAAAGGUUCUUCCGCCCCUGCUACGUUCUACUAUCACAAAGAUAUACAGUACCUACUCCAUGAGCCGCUUUUGGUCAAGUUCAGAGAACAUAAGUCGUUCGCUAAGAAAUUGGCUAGAGCGUUAGGUAGAGGUGAAUGGGCUUUGGCGAAGAAUCUCGAAGAUGCUAAACCUGUGGCGAGAUUGGAUCAUCUUGUGAAAGAGAGAUAUCCAACGUUCACUCUCGCCUUACAAGAUCUCCAAGAUCCUCUAAAUCUCGUUCAUCUAUUCUCAACCCUUCCUACCAAUCCUAUACCAGGCAAGACCCUCGUACCUUCCUCAGUGAUCGCUGAAUGCUCGAGACUCAUCUCCGAAUGGAAAGUCUGGGCUAUCCGAACCAACUCGCUGAGGAAGAUAUUCCUCGGCGUCAAAGGUAUAUACUACGAAUGUGAAGUACCAGGUCAAGGAGGUGAAGUAGUCAAAGUUAGAUGGUUGGAGGGAUACGAGUUCCAACAACAUGUUCCUACCGAUGUGGAUUUCAGAAUCCUCUUGACGUUCUUGGACUUAUACAGGACAUUGAUAAGUUUCACCCUGUUCAAACUCUACACGGAGGAGAAUCUGGUCUACCCUCCACCGUUAGAUGUGGAAUUGGACGAAAGGGGAGAAUCAGUCGGUGCGUUCAGGUUGGUAGAGAAGAAAGAUAAUUUGGGUGUGGAGAGUUCAAAAGUAUCCAAGAAAGCUGUAAGAAAAGCCAUAAGAGGUAUCAAAGCUUCUACUGGUGAUGUCGAUGCCGACGUGGAGAUGGAUGAAGAUGAACAAGAUGGAAAUGAAGAAGAUGAUGAAGAGUUCGUUGAAAGACCUACGAAAAGUGGUGAAGAAGUUGAAGAUGUAGCUACAGCACCUUUGACAACGUACAACUCUCUCCUCGCCACAUCUUCCAAUGCAGCUUCGACCUCGAAACAGAAUCUCCUCUUCUCGCCGUACACUUUUUACCUCUCGCGAGAGACUUCUUCAAGAACUUGGGAAUUCGUUAUUAGAGCUAUGGGCGGAAAGAUCAUCACCUCGUUGAACUCGCCUACUCCAUCGGACGACUCGAUCACACAUGUCAUUAUCGAUCGACCGAUCACCGUGGAGAGGAUGAGGGAGAUGGAAAACGGUAGGAAAUGGACUUGGGUCCAACCUCAGUGGGUAGCCGAUUGUGUCAACAGACAGAAAAUCAUUCCCUCGGAGGGAUACCACCCAGGUCAAUUGUUACCUCCCCAUCUGAGUCCUUGGGACGGCGAAGGCGAAUUGGAUAGACCAUGGUUGGAAGAUCAACAGAACGCAGCUAUCACUGCUGCUCAGGAGGAAGCAGACCAAGAGGAAGAUGCGAUCGAACGAGAUGUUCCCGAGGAAGAAGAUGUAUCCGAAGAUGAAGAUGUGGAAGAUGAAGAAGAACCGGCUGGGAGCAAAUACCCACCAGCAUUACUUGCUUCGUCAUUGGAUUCAGAAAACGUAUCAUUGUUACAUGCUGCGGAAUUAGAAGCUGAACAGAAUGGCAUAUCCCACUCGGCAUUCAGGAACCAACUUAAGGAAGCUAUCAAAGCGAACGCAAAGGAUGCUUCUACCAAGUCUCAGGCUGGUAAGAAAGGUGGAGAAGAGGAUUUGAGAAAGAUCAUGAUGAGUAAUAAGAAAGCGAAGUUGUAUGAGAAGAUGCAAUAUUCGAACAGAGAAAAGGCUGCUGAGAAAGAGAAUCUCGAGAGGAAGAGGUUGGCUAUUGAGAAGAGGAAACGUAAGGAAGCUAGAGCGUGA